AUGGACCUUUUAUCUAGGAAAAGUAACUCGGACUCAGCCCUACACCCCUUAAGAGAUGCAGCUGCACUCGGAGCUAUAAACCGUUCAACAUGUAAAUUCUAUUGCAGCAUUCAAACGCAGAACACUUUAGCGAUCUCUUUAACUAUCAGUAUACUUGUCACGUUUGUGCGCGAUACCAAGAAUAAUUCAGUUGUAUUAAUACAUGUUGCAGUAAUGGCGCUGUUGUCUGCGGGCUUACCGCUAGACAGUCUUGGAGUAACCAAGUGA